GUGCGCUCUCGCUGGGUGUGUUCCUGUAGGAGCCGCAGGUCCCUCGCUCACUCUCGUCUGUGGCUCCGCUGAAACUGGACCCUGGAACCGUCCAGAAUGGAUCUGUUCGUCUCUAAGCUGCUGCUUCUGCUCGCUCUCAUCGGAUGCUCCGCGGGACAAACCAUCCCGACUGUGGACGCGGUCCUGGGCGGGAGCGUCACGCUCAACUCGGCGGCUCCGGUUCCGCCCUACACCGUCCUAUUCUGGACCUUCAGCGACGGCGUGAACAAACCCGUCAAUAUCGUCACCGUGACGGGCGGCACUCCUAAGGUGCACACGUCCUACGCGGCGCGCGCGGCGGUGAACGUGAGCAGCGGCAGCCUGACCCUGAAUCCGCUGAGCUCCGGGGACAGCGGCGACUACACGCUCACGGUGCUCCCAACAGUGGGAGACUCGACGACCGACGAGGUGAAGCUGCGAGUCCUCGUUCCCAUCUCUGAUGUCGUCAUCACGUCCAACCUGUCGGAGCUGAUCGAGUACAACAGCACCGUGGCCCUGAACUGCUCUGCGAAGGGGUCCCUGCUCAGGUUUGACUGGUUCAACGGCUCCGAUCCACUCGUGCUGGACGCGGGUCGGAUGGCGCUGACAAAGGGACGAGCGUUCAGCGCUCUGAGCAUCACGGGCGUCCUCCGGACCGACCUGACCCGGUCCGUCUCCUGCGAAGCGUCCAACAGUCUGCAGAGAAUGAGGAGCGGCGCCUUUAACCUCACCGUGUUCUACGGACCGGACCCCGUUGCCCUCAGCCCGCCCACCGUCGCCCCGUUCAUCAGCUCCAGCUCCAGCUUCAACCUGUCGUGUUGGACCACCUCCAGCCCCCCCGCCACCUUGUCCUGGUUCCACAACCAGCUGCCCGUGGCCGGCGCCGGCUCUGUGCUCACGCUGCAGACUCUCAGGGACAACGGGCUGGGGGCGGCGCUGGACAACUACACGUGUGUAGCCAGCAACGCCAAGACGCAGCGCAGCGCCGUGUCCACCGUGGUUUCCUUCGCUGUGAUGGACCCCGUCGCAGGCGCUCGCCUCAUCGGCCCCAACGCCACCCUGCUCGCCGGGAACAGCACCGCCAACCUCAGCUGCCAGGCGCUGGGCCGCGUGGCCACCAGGGAGUGGAGCAAAGACGGCAAAGCGCUGCUCGCCGGCCCCAGACUCACCCUCUCCGGCGACGGCAGCUGGCUGCUGAUCAGCCCGGUGCAGAAGGACGACAACGGGGAGUUCCAGUGCAACCUGAGCAACGCCGUGAGCUCCGGCAGUGGACGAUACAGGAUGGUGGUCAGCUUUGGUCCUGAACAGGCCAAGGUGAGCGGGCCCAGCAAGGUGGAGGAGAACCACGCGGUGACGCUCAGCUGCUCCUCGGCCUCCGUUCCUGCUGCCAGCUUCACCUGGAAGCACAACGGCAGCGCCACCGGCAGCUCCUCGGACACGCUCACCAUCCCCACGCCGCAGCUGAAGGACAGCGGCACCUACACGUGCGAGGCCUUCAACCCGGUCACCGGCAGCACCAGCGCCUGCACCCACGUGCUGCAGGUCAAGGCCCAGGGCACGUUGGACGGCCUCUCGGACGGCGCCAUCGCUGGGAUCGUGGUCGGGAUCCUCGUCGCCAUCGGUGCCGCCGUCGCCGUGACCAUCUACUGCCGCCAGAAAAUCCCGGUGGAGUCUCCGUACUGAGGACGCCGCUGCUCUGCCCAACCUGACUGACACGUCCACCCAAAAUUCCCACCAUUUUGUUUUCCCAUCAUCCACCUAAGCAGCUGGAAGAACUUGGAUCCAGCUUGUUUCCUAUGAAGCCAAAUCAGUUUUACCCUGGUCUGUGUCUCUGGCUGACGAGGGCGGAUGAUGAUUACUAGAGUUUUAAUGUUGCUUCCUCCUGAAACCAAAGUUGACCUGCACCAGAGGAUCCUCAUGUCCCCGCUCCUCUCCUCUGGUCUUAACUAAGCUCAUCCCUCACCUUUUGUCUGGCUCGACUCUUCCAUUAGGAAACUAAAGCCACCGUGAGCCUGAUGGAGACGAUGAGUGACUCUCUUUAUCCUGCUAGAAACACGAGGACACACACACACAGACACACACACACACAGGCACACACAAACACGCACACACAUGCACAUAGACACACACACACAGACACACACAGACAUGCACGCACAUAGACACAGACACUCGCACACACACACGCACACACAAACACACACAGACACGCACGCACAUAGAAACAGACACGCACGCACACAGACACACACAGACACGCACGCACAUAGACACAGACACAGACACUCGCACACACACGCACACACACAGACACAAAGCACGCGCACACACACGCACACACACUCUCGGCCAACGUCCUGCCGAUCACACACUGAGGCCACACACGCAGAUCUAAAGCAGUGUGCCUUACGAUAAUAUCCUAUGGAGCUUCUGUGGUUUGCUUUAUCUCACUGUCUGUGCCAGGCGGGUGGAGACGAGCAGGGAAGGGUGCUAGUUUAGAAUCUGAAUGAGUCUCUCUGCUCUGGAGGACGAGGGAAGGGAAGCGGGAGAGCUGACUCCUCCUCCGCUCGCGCUAGUCACCAUCACAAUGUUUCUUUAACAAAGAAUAUUUUAUCCUAAAGGCGUCACGUCCUGCAUGUGAACACAGUCGACUCCAUGUGAUUGUGGCUUUUUCAGAUCCUCCUUUUUAUGGUUGAGGCUCUUUCACUGUCAGUUUAGUUUUCUCUGGAAUCGUUUCAAACUCAAGACAAGACUCAACAGGCAGCAGAAACAAAAGAGACGUUUUAUUACCCGCUCGUCUCUGAUUGGACAGAGUGGUAAUGAUAGGUGUCAGGCGUCAGACAGAAGAAACCAACCACGCUUCCAUCCCGGCCAGCCUUUCCCUCGUGGCCUCUGCUGCUUGGUCCAGCAGUUGUGUGUGAUUCCAGACGUCCACGUGCACUGACCUCCAGAGUAUUUAUUCAGUAGCUCAAAGCCUGAGCUGAGCUGGAAACGGAUAAAGUCUGAAAUGAAGCCUUGUUUUCAGCAUGUUCACAUCUCUGAGUCCCGACGUUAAUAUGCUGGAAAUGACAAAAGCAAGCAAACGUGCCUGGAUUGUAAAUAAUAGAGGUAAUGAGAAGUUUUACACUGUUCCUGUGAUUUUUUUUAAUGUUUUGGAUGAUAUGUGGGGUUUUGUGUUUUAUCAGAUGCUUUGUUUUGUUGUUGUUUACAGACACAUUUUGUAAAAUGACUUUGCUAAACUAAAAUCACCAACCAGAGUUUUGAAUUCAUGUCCAAUUGAAAAGUCCUCAAAAGCCAUAAAUAACAGAAAUAUUUUCAUAAA